AUGUCAACUCUCAGCAGAAAACAACUCACCGAAAACAUUUCCAAAAAAACCCAAACUCCCCAAAAUCAAGUAACUAAAAUCAUUGAUGAACUCUUGUUAGAAGUUAAAAAAGCCUUAGUUAAAGGUGAAGAAGUUAGAUUUUUAGGUUACUUCUCCUUUAAAACUACCAUGACUAAACCUAGAAUAGCCAUGAACUUACAAACUAAGAAAAAAAUGAAAGUUCCGGCGAAAAGAGUGCCAAAGUGUAAAUUCUCGACUAAUCUAAAAGAAGCUAUUAAAUUAGAUAAUGGAGAAAGUGUUUUUGUUUUCUCUGAAGGACAAACAAUUAACUUUAUGGUCGAAGCAGGUAAAAAAGGAGCCAAGGACAUUGGUGGUAUUGCAAUAAUUAGUUUAGCAUUAGGAAUUGGUUAUUUAGUAG